AUGUUGGUAUCUGCUGCUCUAGCAUCCAACAUCCAGACCAUCACAGCAGACACAUUUGCUACCCUGGGCAGUGCCAGCGCAGGCCUGACCAACAGCCAGAUCGCUUCAAUUUCCCCGUCAGUGCUGAUUUCCUCUUUGUCCACCCUGAGCACAGUCAGCACCUGGAACCAGGAGCAGGCGGCCACUAUCAUCCAAACCAUGACUGCCUCGGGCUUCCAGGAGUCAAUGAAAAAAAUCCCGGCUUCUGAGCUACUCACUGCCUCCAAAAGCAGCACCUUUGUUGCUAACAUAAUGGCAGCCUCAGCAGUUGUCCAACAGACCUUUAUCAACAAGAUCAUUUCUGUGGACCCAAGUCCAGCCAAAGUGGUAGUGAAUGUCCCUGAUGCAAUGGCAACUGACAUCCCAAUGUCCCUGCUGGCAUUCUCUGAGGAGACUGUGGAUAUCAGUGUGAUGAAUAAAAAGAAAUGGACAAGAGAUCAGGCCGCCAUGUUUGUCGGGUUUCUGGAUAAAACAAGCUUUGACAUUGAGCAGCUUUCUCCUUCUGUGCUGCAAGGAUUCACAUGCACGUCAGUCCAGAGAAUGACAACAACCAGGAUUCAGGGGCUGAUCCAUGCCUGUAGGCCGAAGAAAGGCAGGGCCAAGGUGGAGCUGAAGGAAUCACAGCUGACAUGCAUGUACAACCUGCUCAAUGGAAACCUAUCCCAGAACUUCACAGAUUAUCCCUCAGACAUGCUUCUCUACUUCAACAACAAAGAUAUCAAGAAAGCCAACUGCAGGUCCUACCUUUCCGCAGUGGGUGCUGCAGACUUCUCUGUGGCCUCCAGCAUUCUGAACAAGGACUCCUUGCUAUUCAGUGAAGCCAGGACCUGCUUGGGUAUAAGUGGUGUGAAUCUGAACAGAGACAAUGUGGAAGUGCUGGGGAGCAUGGCCUGCACUCUGGACAGUGCUUACAUCCAGAACGCUGAUCCUCUAAUUCUGGAAAAACUCAAAGCCUGCAAGGACUUCUCUGACAGCCAGGUGGCUGCCAUGGAGACACUACUGCUGUCUGGGAAAACACAAUACGGGAAUGUUGCCACCUGGAACCAGCAAACACUGGAAAACCUUGGGAUCCUACCUCUGUAUUUCACAACGAACAUCUGGGAGCAGUUCGAAACUAAAACAAAGAAAAGGUUCCUUAAGACCUUUAUGUCCCAACUGAGGAAAUCAAAGACAAAGAAGAGGAAGCUCAAGGUGCUGUUUAAACAGAUCAGCGAUCUCAGGAUAAAACGAACAGGAGGCUGCACUGUAGGCAACAUCACCCAGGUGACAGUCAACGACGGUUCCUUCCCUUUCGGCUACGACCAGACGCAAUUUGACCUCUGCCUAGACAUCCCUGUUCUGAAGGACAACCUCAACUCUAUCUGUGAGAAAGUGGAUGAUGAUGACUUUCAGAAAAUCAUUCUAAAGAAACUCAACCAGGCAUUCCCAUUGGGUGUUUCUGAAAAGGAAGUUCAGGUUCUCAGUUCGCUGUCUCGUGCAGCGUCACUUGAUGACAUCUCCAAGUGGAGCAUCACCAAAAUUGAGACCCUGGCAGCACUCAUGAAUGCUGAUGAUGGCCCAUGGGAGGCAGAAACGAGUAAAGCAAUCAUCACCAAGUAUCUGAAUACUCCUGGGAACUCUCUGGGCAGCACUGAGCUGAACAGUAUUGACUCCAACCUGUGCUCAUUGGACACCAGUACACUGAAGACCAUCAAACCAGACAGUAUCAGAAAUGCCAAACCUUUGGAUGUGGCAUCAUGUUCAUCUGAGCAGAAGAGAGUCCUGUAUGAGAUCAGUAAUACUUCCUUCAGCUCACAACGUAGCAGUGCAACUACCUAUUACAAUUUAAUUAAGACCUAUCUAGGUGGGGCACCUCUGCCAGAUGUAGUAGCACUGUCAACCCAGAACAUCAACAUGGAUGUACGCACUUUGCGGAGUCUGGAUCCUGACGUCAUCACUAGUUUGACCGUGAACGAUGUGAAAGGCCUCAUGGGUAACCAGCUACAAGAUCUGAAGGUGUUUGAGAACGAUACUGUGAUUCAGGCCUGGAGGAACAGGCAGCUUCAGUCAGACCUGGACCUCCUCGGUCUGGGCCUGACCACCGACAGAACUGACCCAGUCACUACACCACCCAGCCUCAACAACAAUAGCCCUGCAACACCAACACAGGGAAACACUAGCGGCUCAAGUGCAACCCUGACCAGUACAGUGACAACACAAGCUACUACCACAAGUGGGGGAGCAGAGCUUGUAGGACACCCAGCAUCCAUAUUCCUGGCUGCUCUGCUGACAACUGUGCUGCAAAUACUGCACCAUCCAGCCUAAAUACAUUUGUGACUUUAGCGAUCUAAUCAAUAAUGAGUAAUUACUCACAUCUUGAGAUUUCUUAAUAUUAUUGUUAAUGCUAUUUAAUCACUUUGCUUAAUUGCAACUGCUUAAUUUCUGCUUUACGCUAUCUCUUCAUGUUGUAAAACUAUGUUACUGAACAAUCAAUCAAAAUAAUAUAUUUUAAGUGCUGAUUUGGGAUUUAAUCUGGGAUUUUAAAAGUAAUUAAUAACAUUUAUGUUUAAUCAUUAGGAGCAAAAAUAUAGUAUAUGAAAAAUAAAUAUAAUAUUUCCUCAAAUUUAUUGUAUCAUCUAUUAUCAUAAUUUACACUGUAUUGCCA